CAUCAGCCUUGUGUUGUGCUCCAUGUGACACCCCAAACCCUAAAAUUACCAUCGCCAUAGUAACCUAAAACAAACACCACCGAGCUAUAAAACCUGCCCUGGUGCUGAUGCUGCAGCUGCCCUUGUGCGAAGACUGUAGUGAAGAUGAAGGCUUUUCUUUUCACCCUGCUGGCUGCAGUCCUGUGCGUGGAGCGAGCGGCCUCCUUCUUGUGCUACACAUGUAAUGACGAGCCCUCCAACUGGAAUUGUGUUAAACCGACUAAGUGUGCAGACACUGACAAAUACUGUCUCACAAUAUACGCAAGUGGAGGGAUUGGCGAUAAAAAGGGGCAGCGCAUCACCAAGAAAUGCUCCCCGGUGUGUCCCCAAACAAACCUGAACCUCGGGGUAGCCGCCAUCUCUACCUCCUGCUGUGAGCAUUCCUUGUGCAACAUCAGCGGGGCCAGCAGCGUGAAAACUAGCUACACAGUGAUGGCCACGGGCAUCCUGGCCAGUCUCAUCUACGUCCUCAGAACAGGACUGUGAUGGGGCCAGAAAAAAGAGGACUUGCCAUCCCAAAGAACCAACUUGGGCUUCCUCAGAGAGAUACCAAAAGCCUUCUGUGCAAAGUUGCCAUCCGAGUUAACACUGCCCUGUCUCUUCUGUGUCACCUCAGAUCCCCUCAGCAUAGGGUGACCAGAUGUCCCGUUUUUAUACGGACAGUCCCGUUUUUUGGGACUUUUUCUUAUAUAGGCGCCUAUUACCCCCCACCCCCUAUCCUGUUUUUUCACAGUUGCUAUCUGGUCACCCUACCUCAGCAAGUAGUUUCUGUCUAAUUUUCUACAGUGUUGUUCUUUCUCUGCGGGACAGGAGCUGUACCCUGGGGAUAAGAGCACUGCCCUCCCUCACCAGGGGGUUGUGAGGAUAAGUGCAUUAAAGAGGUUACACUGAUGGAGGCUAGAUACGCACCGAAGAUUUUAUCUAUCUAUCUAUAGUUAGUAGCUCCGCCUCCUCCUUUGGUUUAGCAGAGCCAGAGUCACCUCCCACACGCUUGGUGUUGAUGACUUGGGAUGCUCAGCAGAAUGGUGCUGCCUGGAUGGAUGUGCCGGCUCAGGGGAAAGGCACCAUAUAGCGCAAAGUACGAACACUUGUGCCACCCUCUGUCACAGGCCCUGUGUCAUUCCCCUCCUCAUUCCCCCAGCACUGUCUCUUCUCUGCCUCUCCUCACACUCACACCACGGACAGCUCGAGAGCCUUCUCCUCCGCAGCUCACUCACCAGAGCAGCCUCUCUGUGUCUCUGAACAGACCUUUACUCCCACGUCUGUCCCCUUACUACCCUUCUAAUAUUAGCCCCAAUGAAUGAAUGAGUGAAUGAAUGCAUGCUUGGCUGUAUUCACCUACACUUUGUUCCCAUUUCUUGUUCCUGUAAUUUUUCCCAUAUAAGCAUUUACUGUCUUGUAUUGCUUCACCCUGUGAAAGCCCAUUUCGAUACAUUUUGUAGGACAAAUGCUGGACAAAAUAAAGUGUUUUUUUUAUUCUA